GGAUGCUAAAGCGAAGCAGGUGGAGCACAAGAAGGUGGCGGAAGAGGAGAGGAAGAAGAAGCAAGAGGAGGAGAAAAAGAGGAAGAAGCAGCAGGAGGAGGAGAAGAAGAAGAAAAGAAGGAAGAAGAGGCGAAGAAGAAGAAGCAGGAGGGGGAAGCAUGGGCCAAGGCAAAGCAAGUAGCAGCAGGAGCAGCAGGGUCGCCGGGUGCUGCUGGGGAGGAGAAGAAGGGGAAGACGAGGAAGCGGGUGUUUCCGGGGGGCAUGGAGGUGGAGGAGCUAGCCAUGGGGAAGCCGAUGGGAAAGUAGCCGAGCCUGGGAAGAAGGUCACGAUGCGCUACAUUGGCCGCCUUCAGAAGUCUGGGAAGGUCUUUGACUCCAACCUCACUCACCCCCAACCGUUUGCCUUCCGCCUCGGUGUUGGAGAAGUGAUCAAGGGCUGGGAUAUCGGCGUCAAAGGAAUGCGAAUCGGUGACAAGCGCCGUCUCACCAUCCCACCUGCACUAGGGUACGGCUUCAGAGGAGCCCCUCCGAAGAUUCCAGGCAACGCAACCCUGGAAUUCGAUGUGGAGCUCAUAGGUGUCAAGUAGAGGGUAACCAUCUUCUGAUCGGUGUGGUAACCAUCACCCGAGUGGUUUGGUAACUGGCACCCAUUUGUUGUGGUAACCAUCACCAAAUUGUUGCAGUAACUGUACGUGCAUGUGGACUAGAGCAUUUUUUGUUUAAAUGGCAGACCAUGUAGGUGAUUGCAGAGGGCCAGGGGAUACUCUCAAAACUGAAUAAUGGGUUAGAAUAGGAGAGUACAAGGUAAUAUAAGCUAGGGAGUUGUACCCUAAGGCACAAACCUGUAUAGUCUAUAGUAACAUACUAAGAUAAGUUUGA